AUGGAUGGACCAGUUUGCUCUAUCCGUGGACCCCAUGACUGCUAUGUUAUGUCUUUCCAUGAUGAAACUCUUCCAGUUGAUGGAGCCAAGGCUGCGCACUUUUGCUCCAUGUGUGGACCAAAAUUCUGCUCUAUGAAGAUAACAGAAGACAUCCGAAAGUAUGCAGAGGAGAAUGGUUAUGGCACUGCUGAGGAAGCUGUCAAACGAGGAAUGGAGGCUAUGAGUGAAGAGUUCAAAGUUGCAAAGAAAACCAUUAGCGGAGAGCAGCACGGUGAAAUAGGCGGAGAAAUCUACUUGCCAGAGAGCUAUGUCAAGUCUGCUCAGAAAUAA